AUGGGCCUUCUUCGCUCGGAGCCGAUGAAGCAUGGGACCCUGGUGGUGCCAGUGGAGCGAGCCAGGGAGUUCAUAGACCUUAUUGGCAAACACACCAAGAUGCAGUUCGAAGACAUGAACGCCAGGGACAUGCACAGACCCUACAAGAAGUACAUCCAGCGAAUUGAUGAGAUGGAACGAAUCAUCCGCUUUCUUCUGGAGGAGCUGACGCGAGUUCCCGGCGCGGCAGUUGUCAAGAACAACGUCGACGCCUUCUUGGAUCAAUCGGACUCCUACAAGCUGGACGAGGUCGAAUCGGAGCUCCUCAAGAUUUACAAGGAGUUCAUCCAGUUUAAGGAGAACAACGCGAAGCUGCAGGAGCGGCGGAACGCUGCCUUGGAGGAGUGCUAUGUUGUACAGACAGCGGUGGCCUCCAUGGCGCAAGUUUCGCAGGCAUCGCAGCCCUCCCGCCACCGAGCGCCAACGGGCGGCGAUGAGGACGAGUUCGAGUUCGAAGCCUCCAGGUCUCUGCUCGACGAGGAGCGCGGCACGAGCAGGAGGACCCUCGAGACGAUGUUCAGCAGCAUUGCUGGCGUCAUCCACCAGGAGGAGCAGGACAGAUUUGCCCGGAUGCUGUUCAGAGCAACGCGUGGGAAUACCUUCACCCACUUCCAGCAAAUCUUCGAGCCCAUGCAAGAUCCGAAGACUGGCAGAGAGGUGCACAAGUCGGUCUUCGUGAUCUACUUCCAGGAUCAUCGGCUGGGCGGCUCGGCGUCGGCAAUGAGCGAGAAGAUCAACAAGAUCUGCUCCUCCUUCGGCGUGCACACCUACCGUUGGCCUGCGAGCCGCGCUGCGGCCCAGGAGAGGCAGACCAGCCUGAAGGUUCAGGUUGAGGAUCAACGAAGGCUUUUGAAGGCCCAUGAGCACUUUGUGCACAGCGAGGCCGCCUCGCUGUUGGAGCCUGCGGGACGUGGACGGGACUCCCUCAUCGAAGAGUGGAGGCUGUUCUGCGUCAAGGAAAAGGCGAUCUACGCCACGCUGAACCUCUUCGAGGGCAACAUGAACUUGCGGGCCAGCUGCUGGUACCCCGCAGCAGAGGAGGACAACAUCCGGGCGCUGUGCACCCAGCACUUUGCCUCGCAGCGGGGCCAUUCCUCGGCCGUGCUGAUGCCGCACCGGAGUCCUCCUCGCAAGCAGCCCCCGACGUACAUCCGUGUGAACGAAUUCACAUCCAUCUUCCAGACUUUGGUGGACACCUACGGCCUGCCCAGGUACCAGGAGGCGAACCCUGCCCUUUUCACCAUCGUCACCUUCCCUUUCCUCUUCGGUGUCAUGUAUGGAGACAUCGGCCACGGGCUCAUGCUGCUCUCAGUGGGCAUCUUCGCGAUGGUCAAGCAGGAUGAGCUGAAAUACAGCUUCCCCACUCUGUACACCGCCCGUUAUAUCCUGACGAUGAUGGGAAUCUUUGCGGUGUACUGCGGCUUCCUUUAUAACGACUUCUUCUCCCUUGGCCUGACCCUCUUCCAGUCCCGUUGGACCGAGAUCCCGGCGGAUGCCCCACAGCAUCAGGUGGUCACCUUGCAGCCGAAGUUCGACAAGGAGAACCAGGGUGGCAUGGGCCCAUACCCAUUCGGCCUGGAUCCAGCCUGGCACGGAGCGCAGAAUGAGCUGGUUUACCUCAACUCCAUGAAGAUGAAGACCUCUGUCGUCCUGGGGGUGGUGCAGAUGUUCGUCGGCCUGUUGCUCCGCUUCGCAAAUGCCCUCUACGAGAAGAACCGGGUGGACUUCUGGUGCGAAUGCGUGCCGAUGCUGGUCUUCAUGCUCGGGUUCUUCGGCUUCAUGGACUACAUGAUCCUAUACAAGUGGGUCACGCCCAUGCCCAAUCCGCCCAGCAUCAUCAACUCCAUGAUCGCCAUGGCGAUGUGGACGGAGGACCCGAACCCCAUGUUUGGGAACGAGCUCCCGAAGCUGCUGAUGGGGACCUGCAUGCUGGCGGUGCCAUGCAUGCUGAUUCCCAAGCCCGUCAUCCUCCACAUGAGGCACAAGGCCAACCCUCCGAUUCACUGCAUGGGCCCGGGCGGCCUACGCGGUUUCGGCAGUGGCCACCUCCCGCUGAGCCAGGACGAGGAGUCCCUCGUAUCCCAGGAGGAGGAAGAGGAGGAGGAGGAGUUUGACAUCACCGAGUGCGUCAUCCAUCAGGUCAUCGAGACCAUCGAGUACGUCCUGGGCACUGUGUCGCACACGGCUUCUUACCUCCGGCUGUGGGCGCUCUCCCUCGCGCACCAGCAGCUGUCCCUGGUCUUCUUCGGCAUGACGCUGCUGACUGGCAUGGGUGCUCCGUUUCCGCUGAACAUCCUGGCCACCUACGUGGCCUUCUACUUCUGGUUCGCCUCCACGGUGGGCAUCCUGCUCGGCAUGGACGUCAUGGAGUGCUUCCUGCACACUCUGCGCCUUCAUUGGGUGGAGUUCCAAAGCAAGUUCUACAAGGCGGAUGGCUACGCGUUCACACCCUUCUGCCACAGAGAUCUCCUGCGCAAGGAGACGGACGACUAG